AUGCCUUAUUAUUCCAAAGGCACUGGGAGACCAUCGAUCAGGAUGAUCUCCUUGCCAAAAUCUCUUCCAUCUUUUCUCAAAACACAGAUUCCUCCAGAGCUGAACAAAACUACUAUCACUUUGAUUCUAAAAGUGAGUUCCCCUCAAACUAUAAAGCAAUUCAGGCCUAUAAGUUUGUGCACCACCACCUAUAAGGUUGUCACCAAAAUCUUGGUCAACAAACUAAGACCCCUUCUCAACUCCAUGAUCUCUCCAAAUGAGAAUAGCUUUCUCCCAGGAAGAGGGGUGAACUAUAUUGUAGCCUCUGAAAUUCUUCACUCUAUGAGAAUCAAGAAGGAAGCCAAAGGUUUCUUUGCCACCAAGAUUGAUUUAGAGAAAGCAUAUGACUCACUGGAGUGGGAUUUCAUCCUUAAAGCUCUCUGCCACCAUGGCUUUGAUGAGGACACAAGAAAACUUAUCAUGAGUUGUGUAUCCUUUACCUCUUCUUCUGUCAUGUUCAAUGGUCCUACAUCUUUCUUUAAUGCUUCAAGGGGAAUCAGACAAGGAGAUCCAAUAUCCCCCUACUUAUCUAUCCUUUGUAUGGAAUUAUUCUCAGAGAUGAUUGUUGAUGCAUGCUCUUCUGGGAGUUGGGACCCCAUCUUCAUUCCUAGAUCUUCCCUCACUAUCUCUCAUCUACUAUCUGCUGAUGACAUUAUGUUAUUUAGGGUUGCAACCCCUCAAAAUGCUGCACAUAUUAUGCAAAUACUAGAUGACCACUCUCUUUCUGGGUUGAAGAUGAACCCUGCUAAAAGCAAGCUCUAUUUCUCCAAAAAUACAAAACAUGAUAUCAUUUCCCAAAUUUCCUCCACUUUUGGGGUUCAACAAACCCCUGAUCUUGGAACUUACUUGGGCUUUCCUCUCUGUGACAGAAGGCCUUCCAAGGCUGCUCUAUCAUACAUCAUCCAGAAGAAACCUAUUCUAAAAGCCUUGGACUCCUGUUUAAGAAACUUCUUCUGGGGCUCUAAUUUAAACUCUAAGAAACUUCCUAUGGUGGCUUGGCAGAAAAUCUGUGCUCCUAAAGAUCUUAGGGGUUUGGGAAUUAGAAGUACUGCCAUUGUCAACUCUGUAAGCUAUGCUGGAAAAUACAUUCAUAUGAUAAUCUUGCUUCCAAAGUCAUCUUUCACAGAUAUGUGGCCAAUAGAGAAACCCCCAAAAAGUUCAAUCAAGGAUCUUAUAUCUGGUAUUCUUAGGCAUCUUGUUCAAGGUCCUCUCUCCCCCUCUGAGGAGCGCUUGUGUGUAGGACAGGUGGCUAGUCAGGGAAAGUGGGACUUCUCUGUCAUCUCCUUCCAACUCCCUCAAUCAAUUGUGACAAUAAUAUACUCAGUGAAAAUUUUUCACUCUUCCCAGGAUCAGCUCAUUUGUGCUAAUAGAGGAUGGGAGGAUGUCACUAUCAUUACUGAUUCUAGGACUGUUGUCAAUGGUAUUGGUGAUAAACAAAAAAUCAGGGACAAAUAUUUUAAUUUGUCUACUGUCUGCAAGGAGUACAUAUCAGAGGGGAAGGUGAAGAGUAUUCAGUGUCUCCCAAGAGAGGCAGUCCGGUAG